CAUGGAGCUUGAUAGGAUCAACACUUUCCACAAUUGAGGAAUCCCCAAGCACUGAGUCACCGCACGGAACUUUAAGUGUGAACCCGAAACGUCUGCGAUAGUCGACAUUGGUCUCCUCCACUUUACACCUCCCACACAAGCGCGAACUACUACAGGUGUACCAAUGGAUCCACCACCCGAAAAACACUACGUCUCAGCAGACAACGCCAGGACAUUCGUCUACUCCGUCUUGACAGGCAACGGCGUCUCCCCCGAAAAUGCCACCAUCGUCGCCGACUGCCUGGUCCGCGCCGACCUACGCGGAGUGGACACCCACGGCAUCAACCGCAUCCCAUCCUACAUGGAACGCAUCCGCCAAGGAGUGCUAGACGCCAAAGCCAACCCCGUGCUGAACCAGAUCACGCCCGUCGUGGCCCAGGUAGACGGACAGAACGGGUUCGGGUUCGUCGCCGCUCAUCUCGGGAUGAAGCGGGCGAUUGAGAUGGCGCGCGAGUUCGGAAUCGGGUUCGUCUCCGUCAAGCAUUCGAAUCAUUUCGGGAUGUCCGCGUGGGUGGUGCAGCAGGCGCUUGACGCGGGGAUGAUGAGUCUGGUUUUCACGAACUCGUCGCCUGCGUUGCCUGUUUGGGGUGGGAGGGAGAAGUUGAUGGGGGUGUCGCCGUUGGCGUGCGGUGCGCCGGCGGGCAAGGAGAAGCCGUUUAUUCUGGAUAUGGCGCCCUCCAUUGCGGCGCGGGGCAAGAUCUACAAGGCUGCAAGGCGGGGGGAGAAGAUUCCCAGCGAUUGGGCUUUGGAUGGUGAGGGGCGGCCUACGGAUGACCCGCACAAGGCGCUUGAAGGUGUGAUGUUGCCUAUGGGAGGGCCGAAGGGGUCGGCGCUCGCGGUCAUGAUGGAUGUAUUCUCUGGAGUCCUGUCUGGCUCUGCAUUUGCGGGCCAUGUCACUAACCCUUAUGAUCCUUCGAAGCCGGCUGAUGUAGGGCAUUUCCUCGUCGCUAUCAAGCCGGAUCUCUUCAUGGGCCUGGAGGAGUUUAAGGAGCGCAUGGAUUACCUUUAUCAGAGGGUGGUGGGCUCUGAGAAAAUGGCUGGAGUAGAUCGCAUCUACUUUCCUGGGGAGAUCGAGCAGAUCACGCACGAGGAGAGAUUGAAGACGGGCAUUCCGUAUGUCCAAGCAGAAAUCGAUACCUUGAACAGGGAGGCAGAGAAGGUUGGCGCAGAAAGGAUUGUUACUGAUCGGAAAUGAUUUAUUUAAUGUAUUCCGCUACUACGAAGCUUCUUGUACAUAGAAAGGAAAGUUCUCAAUAUUGUUUUUCAAGCCCGCCAUGUAUUUACAUUAGAUACCGGCGAUAUAUCAGUUCGACAGAUGCAG